UCGGCGCUGGCCUGGAGGAGGUUCUCGCUGUUUGAACCGCAGGCUUUACAUGACCUUAGAAAAGCUCUCAGCCACAAGUUGGAUGCGUUGGCAGCGUUACAAACCUAGCACCGCGGCAGGGAGUGCUUCGCUUCCCUGCUCAUUCCUGGCCGGGGAGGGAGGAAUGCUGGGCAUCGGGAGGCGAGGAGAAGGCUGCCCAGCGCCUCGCACACUGCCUGGCCCCUGGGCCUCCCCCUGGAUCCCAGAUGUCAGAAACUGAGCUGGAAAACAUAAAAGUAAGAGCAGCUGAGCAUUUUGAAAAGGACAAAAAUAAUAUUUCUUGGUUGAAGGAAGAUAUGCAACUCACAAAUGAAAAACAUGCAGAAGAGAAACCCAUUAAUGCUAUCGUUAUAAAUUCAGGAUCCGAAUUCAACAUCACAGAUGGACCAGCCAAGGAAACUUCCACUGAGAAAAAACUGUCAGAAUCCACCACAUCACUGUCCUCCCUUGAAGAAUGUCAAACGAAAUUUUCUUACCUCCAAACCGAUGCUUCAGUUCAUCAGAGAGACACUGAUGAGGAGUGUGCCUCCCUCAUCCUCACCUGCCUCUUUUGCCAGUUUUGGGAUUGUCUCCUGAUGCUCCCGGACACGUGUGAGACGGUGUGCACCAACGCGUGCUGCCCCUCCUACCGGUACCACCACACCUCGGACGAAAGCCACUCCCGGAACGACUGCAACUGCAACUGUGACAUGGACUGCAGCCUGUUUGAAUCUUGUCACGAGACCGGCGAGUGUCUGGAGCUGGCCAUGGAGAUUUCAGAGAUCUGUUACCGCUAGGCCGGGGGGCUGCCCCAGAGCCGCUGCAGGACGCCCGAUCCCAGCUGGAGGAAGGGCUGUGUGCAUUUCUGAACGCUGCGGCCGUUUGCUCUGCACCUGCCUGGGAAAGCAGUAGUGUCACUCAAAGGUCUUCUUCCAAAUUUCACAACCGCAGGGCUCGCUGAAAAAUAAGAUGUUGAUCACAUGUGAUGAACAAGUCCUAAGUACCUCUUACAUGCCAUGGGCAACAGAUGUUUCCCAACAACCAUAGCAUGUUGAAGCCCACUGUGCUAGUGCACUCGCUGGCUUGCCGCAUGAAUUUGACUUCAUUCACAGAUUCAGGACAAAUUAGUUCGUUCUUUAUCAUUGACAUAUAUUAGCUCAUCUUUCUAAUGGACUCAUGCAUAAACAUUAUACAUUGUUGGUUAUUAUUAAUAAUGUAUUGCAUAACAUCAUUUUUAAUUAAAAAUUUAUUUAUACGAUCUCUUAAAAUUCACUUAUACGUACAGUUUAGGUAGGAAAGGGAAUUAAAUAAAUUAGAAACCAUGUUCAUGUAAUUACAACAGAUUCUUUAAGACACCUCCAGUGAAUUUCGAAUAUGAUGUACUUUGAGGGACCCUAUAAUUCUAGGCCAUGUUACUCCAUGUCUAUGACCAUGACAUAGCCAGUUAUGCAUGUUCUUAAUUUGUUGUGAAAAGGCUCUUCUUUAUCUAAUGAGCAAAAUGGGAAUUAUGUGCAAGUUUCAA